AUGAAUUUUAUUCUUUCUCCUAUGACUAUCAUAGUUUAUAUACUGUUUCUCCCUUCUCUCAUAGUUUUCAUAGCAGCGGACACAUCAUCCAAUAUUUCACAGACAAAUUCCCUUACUUACGGAAACACCAUAGUUUCUUCCCCACGUGGAACCUUUGAGCUUGGUUUCUUCAAUCUAGGAAAUCCCAAAAAAAUCUACCUCGGUAUUCGGUACAAGAAUAAAACACUUGAACAAAAAGUUGUUUGGGUUGCAAACGUUGGCAACCCAAUCAAUGAUUCCUCAGCCAUCUUGAAACUAAACAGUUCUGGCAACUUGAUCCUAACCCACAACAACACGGUUGUUUGGUCCACAAAUUCUCCAAAAGCAGCACAGUAUCCAGUGGCUGAACUCUUGGAUUCUGGAAAUCUUGUGAUAAGAGAUGAUGAGAAUGCAACAAAACCUAAUGAAGAGGAAUAUCUUUGGCAAAGCUUUGAUUACCCAUCUGAUACAAUGUUGCCAGGAAUGAAGGUUGGAUGGGACCUCAAAAGAAAUCUCAACCGUCGCCUUAUAGCAUCGAAGAGUAGCAAUGAUCCAACACCAGCAUACUUGUCUUGGGGUAUGGCUCUUCACCCUUAUCCUGAGAUCUAUAUGAUGAAUGGAACCAAAAAGUAUCACAGACUUGGACCAUGGAAUGGUGUGCGUUUCAGUGGGGUGCCAGAAAUGAAACCAAAUCCCAUUUACCUUUACGAGUUUGUCUCCAACAACGAAGAGGUUUAUUACAAAUGGAACCUUCAGCAGUCAGGUUUGAUUGCAAGACUAGUUCUUAACCAAACUACACUAAAACGUGAUCAUUACGUAUGGUCAGAUGUUGAUGUAUCAUGGAAGUUAUAUUCAGCUUUGCCACCAGAUGAUGAGUGUGACCACUAUGGGGUUUGUGGAGCGAAUGCAUAUUGCAACACUUCUGCUUCACCCAUGUGUGAAUGUUUGCAAGGGUUCAACCCUAAGUCUCCUGAAAAAUGGAACUCAAUGGACUGGGCCCAAGGAUGUGUUCUUAUACGUCCAGUAAGCUGCAAGGAUAGUAACACUGAUGAGUUUAUCAAAUAUGAAGGCAUGAAAGUACCAGAUACUACAAAUACUUGGGUGGAUGAGAAUAUUGAUUUAGAUUCAUGCAGAGACAAAUGCUUGAAAAAUUGCUCUUGCAUGGCUUAUACUAAUUCGAACAUAAGUGGAGAAGGUAGUGGUUGUGUCAUUUGGUUUGGCCAACUAUUUGAUAUCAGAUUUCUUCCAACUGGUGGGCAAGAUCUAUAUAUCCGGGUACUUGCUUCGGAGUUAGUCAACUGUGAAGAGCAACAGGGGCGCAACAAAAGUUUGACGAUAAUACUUGCUACCACGAUUGUUGGAACUGGUGCGAUACUGUUAUUUUGCAUUAUUGUCAUUUACAGAGUCCGAAGGAAAAUUGCUGUGAACAUCGAAUGUCAACUAGAAGAUAUGGAUCUGCCAUUGUUUGAUCUGCUGACAAUCACCACAGCCACUAACGGUUUCUCAUUGAAUAAUAAGAUUGGAGAAGGUGGUUUUGGAUCUGUAUAUAAGGGAAAAUUAGAGGAUGGGCGAGAAAUUGCGGUGAAGAGACUAUCAAGCAGUUCAGAACAGGGAAUAACUGAGUUUAUAACAGAAGUAAAACUGAUUGCGAAGCUUCAACACCGAAAUCUUGUAAAGCUUCUUGGAUGUUGUGUUAAAGGAGAAGAAAAAUUACUAAUAUAUGAAUACAUGGUUAAUGGUAGCCUGGAUUCCUUCAUUUUUGAUCAAAUGAAAGGUAAAUUGAUGGAUUGGCAAAGUCGCUUGCACAUAAUAUCUGGAAUUGCUAGGGGACUUUUGUAUCUACACGAAGAUUCACGAUUAAGAAUUAUUCAUAGAGAUCUUAAAGCAAGUAAUGUUUUACUUGAUGAGAAAUUAAAUCCUAAAAUAUCAGAUUUUGGGAUUGCUAGAGCUGUUGGAGGAGACCAAAUUGAAGGAAACACACAUAAAGUAGUUGGAACAUACGGAUACAUGGCUCCAGAAUAUGCUGUUGAUGGAUUAUUUUCAAUUAAAUCAGAUGUUUUUAGCUUCGGUAUUUUAAUGAUAGAGAUAAUAUGUGGGAACAAAAAUAGAGCUCUUUUUCAUGGCAACCGGAAUCUUAACCUUGUUGGUUAUGCAUGGACACUUUGGAAAGAGCAAAAUGCUUUGCAGUUGAUUGACUAUAGCAUAAAGGACACAUGUGUUAUAUCAGAAGUACUGCGAUGCAUUCAUGUUAGUCUCUUGUGUGUGCAACAAUGUCCGAACGACAGGCCAACCAUGACCUCGGUUAUUCAAAUGUUAGGGAGUGAAAUGGAAUUGGUUGAGCCAAAAGAGCCUGCAGGUUUCUUUCCAAGGAGGAUUCAUGAAGGAAAUUUAAGCUCAGACCAAAUGUCUUCAAAUGAUGAGUUAACCAUUACCUCAUUAAAUGGCCGAUGAAAAUUAUUUAGUUAGCUUAACAUAUAUAUUACACGACACAGAAUAUGUAUUGCAAGUAUGUAUAUAUUUAAGA